AUGGUGCUUGAUCUGGUCAAAUUGAAUUCAUAUUCUUCUAUAUGUGAUCACGAUGGUGAUGAUGAUGGUGACUUGUUACUAUGGACUAUUGAAUGUGAUUUCAUUUUUGUUUCAUUUUUAUAUUCUUACAUGAUUUUCAUCUAUGGAACUUGUUGUCCAUGGAAACCAGCUUUCUCUCAUGAUCUCAAUUGUACACAAACUAAUUCAUCAAGUUGA